CAAAACAUCAAAGCCAAACGUCAACUCAAGACUUGCGUGCGAAUCAAAACAAAACAGUUGCGUCGUGAUACGAAUUUUUUGAUUCAUUAUCGAAAAUUUAAGUAAUUUUCAUGAAAAUAUCGUAAUAUUAACAACAUGCAUAAAGUUUAAUUGAAUCAAACACUCCAACAUGGAUGAAGACUAUGACACUUACUGUAAAUUCGGAACUCCCUUGCCGGCAUAUGAAGAAGACGAGAUUCCGUCGAAGAAACCCGUAUCUGUGGAGGACCAAAUCGUGCUGGACGUGAAUGGUAAGCGUCGCUUUCAUGGCGCAUUCACGGGAGGAUUUUCCGCCGGUUAUUGGAACACUGUGGGCUCCGAGGAAGGCUGGAAACCAACGGAGUUCAAGAGUUCCCGCAAGGAGAAGGCUUCGGCUAGGGCACAGAACCCGAUGGACUUUAUGGACGAUGAAGAUUUGGGCGAGUUUGGUAUCGCACCUCAGCGGGUCCAACCCAAGGCGGAUUUUGCCCAUUCGAGCAAAUGCGGUGGUAAGCGACCGUUGGAUACGAGAAACUGGAAUGGUCCGAUUCCGGGAGUUCCGGUGUUGAAAUCGUUGUUGGAACCAGCUAGAGAGAAGACCGCUGUCCGCAUGUUGAAAAGAAUGGGUUGGCGCGAGGGGCAAGGCAUUGGAGAGAGGCAGACCAGAGGGGAAAAGCAAAAGGCCAAGGAUCGGAACGAUAAGGAACUGUAUGUGAUGAAGAUGUAUGGAUGUGAAUUGCCGGGGUCUGAAGGAAGAGGAAGAAAUGCAGACGAUUCCGACAGUGGGAGUGACGAUUCGUCGGACUAUGAGAUCACUUUUGCACCGGAUGAUUUCGAUCCUUUGUUAGCUGCUUUUAAGGAUAAUUGCUUUGGGUUGGGCUAUUCAGGACUUGAACGACCUUCAGCUGGUGCCCAAAGGUUUAAUCUGUUCGAUACAUUGGAAAUAGUUGACCGGAACAACAAGAAGCUAUCGAUCCGAGGUCAAGCUUUCGGUGUGGGAGCCUUGGAAGACGACGACGAUGAGGACGUCUAUUCGAAGGACGACAUGUCGCGGUAUGACUUCUCUUUGGAAGAUAAAUCCAAGAAGCCAGCAGCUAUCAAAUCGUCCGCACAUUUGAACGAUUGCUUGGAAGGGUUCUGUCCUUCAAAGAAAUCUGUGAAAGGUGUUAAGAAGGUGUUUCGCGUUAAGAUUCCGGAAGGCUUCACACCUCGAAACUGGAUGCAACGUCGAACAAGAUUUGAACCUAUGGAUGAAGCGAAGGAACAACAGCUUUUGGAAGCCAACAAGUACAAAAUUCAAGGUUUGGGACGACACGAUCUGAAUCCCGAAAAACGAGCCAAAACUUUAGGAGAAAAACCGUUGGAAAAGCCUCAAGAGUCGAAGGGCACCGCAUUACUUGGUUUGAUCAAUAAACGUUGCGACUCUUUUGUGGGAGGAAAUGUGCUGAACGCUGAAAAAACUCAAACUGUAUCAGAACCAAAAAUUGAGACAAAAUCCUUACAGUUUGACAUCAAAUCUCAUACGGAAAAUCUUGGUUCCACUAAGGAAGGUUUCAAACCAUUCAUAGCGGAACCGGAAAAGCAGGAGAGGUAUGAGAAGUUCCUGUCCUUCAAGCCUACCGAUAAACUGAAAACCAGAGAAGAGCUGCUAAAUACGCUUCAGCCUCUUGGGAUGUCCUCAUGGGAUCGCGAGAGGGAACUCAAGGAAUUCGAACAGGCUCAGCGCAUGUACAGACCACUGGAUGGUUUAAUGUCGGAUCGAUUCGUAACCGAAUCCAGUAUAAUUGCAGAAAAGGAAGUUGUGGAUCCAAAAAAGCAGGCUGACAUUCAAAUGAAGCGCGUUCGUACAAUGUGGAAGCCCCAUAAAGAUCUCUGCAAGCGGUUCAAUGUGGAAGAACCCUUCGGAGGAAUGAUGGAAGAGGAGAAAUCGAAGCCCAAAACGAAGUUCUCCGUGUUCGACUACCUGGAAGCACCGGUAAAUCGGAAAUCGGAUUUCGUGACACCCGUGGUUAUACCAAAGCGAGUUGAGAAACAAGAAAAGCGUCCUGAAUCCGUGCCCAUCAGGGUGUCUGCGAAAGAUUUUUUCGCGGGCACCGAAACCCCUUCAACCAGUUACGAACAGCGAAGUUCCUUGGGAGAAACUUCCAAGCCGCAAACACAUUCUGCUACCGUAACUAAACCGGUUAAGCGAUCCGACUUGGAGCAGAAAGUGCUGGAUAGUGUUAACAAGAAACCGGAAGAAAAGAAGGAUCUCUUCAAAUCCAUCUUCUGUAGCAGCGAUGAAGAAGAUGAGAAUAAAAAACCUCCAGAUACCGACCAAUUGCCAACCUCCUCGAUGAAUGAGGCCGACAAACUGAAGUUAGUCGAAAGCCUGGUGGCAAUCAAGCCCGCAAGUCAAAUGAACGUUCUACGCAAUAAUUCGCCUCCUCGAGGAAUCUUCAAAAGCAUCUUCGACAUCAAGCGACCGGAAAAUGAAGCGGCCACUUCCCUAACGAUUGCAGUUUCGGACGGUUCGUCCUCGAGUUCCGAAGGUGAGCCGGAGGAAGAAGACGCAUAUUAUGGACCAAAACUGCCAACUUCCAGUGCAGUUGUUCCUUGCUCAUCAACGACGAAGCCUCCACAGCUCGAUCAGUUGGAUGCCAAAUUACUGGAAAUCGUGCGCAAGACAGGAUCGUCUAAGCACGCCGUUGAAGAGUGGGUCGAAAAGGAUAAGUCUUCGUCGAGGAAAAGCAAAAAGAAGAAAGAUAAGGAGCACAAAAAGGCGAAAAAGCACAAGAAGGAGAAAAAGAAACAUAAGCAUAAGGAUAGAAGGUAACGUAAAAUGUUCGUGUAAAUAUCGAUAGAUUUUUGGAGGAAAUUAAAAGUUUGAAUUAUACGUUUA